CAGGUUAAUUGUCGCCAAUGCCCCACCCUACGGUACACAGAGCCCUUUCAAAUAAACCCGAUGAUAAAUAUCCAUUUAACCGCUUACAUUCGCUACUAUACGUGUUAACACGGGCGUUAAGCAGGCGUUUUGUGCGCGUUAACAGGCGAGUCGGUGAAGACGCGUCGUCAGGUGCUGCAGCGUCCAUAAACGCCCACCUAGAACAGCACCAGACGAGAUAGAGCUGCGCUUACAUCCGAGAUGGCAAAAGCAGACCAACGCUUUGGGCAGAGAGAUGGAUCUGAUCAGAACUUUGACUACAUGUUCAAACUCCUGAUCAUUGGCAACAGCAGUGUAGGAAAAACCAGCUUUUUAUUCAGAUAUGCAGAUGACUCCUUUAGCAACUCUUUUGUCAGCACAGUCGGCAUCGACUUUAAGGUGAAGACCGUUUACAGGAACGAAAAGAGAGUGAAGCUCCAAAUAUGGGAUACAGCUGGACAGGAGCGGUAUAGAACUAUUACUACAGCUUACUACAGAGGAGCCAUGGGCUUCAUCCUUAUGUACGACAUCACAAAUGAAGAGUCCUUCAAUGCAGUGCAGGACUGGGCAACACAGAUUAAGACCUAUUCAUGGGAUAACGCUCAGGUGAUAUUAGUGGGGAACAAAUGUGACAUGGAUGAGGAGAGGGUGGUGCCUUCUGAGAAGGGGAAACACUUGGCCGACCAGUUAGGGUUUGAGUACUACGAAGCCAGCGCCAAGGAGAACAUCAACGUCAGACAAGUAUUUGAGCGCUUGGUCGACAUUAUCUGCGUGAAGAUGUCUGAGAGAGUCGAUACGGAUCCACCCAUAGUCACCGGUGCCAAAACCACCCGACUAACCGAUAAACCUCCCCAGCUACCUCAGAAUUGUUGCUGAUUUCUCUCUCUACUCAUAUGCCAACCUAUCAGCAGCGGAUCAGAUGUCGUUUGGUUUAACGUUCUGUUGUAUGCCGAUCGGAACCGACCUGGGGUGCGUUUCCUGCGCAAACAACGUAACUCACUGCUUAACCACCAUAGUAUGAUGCAUCGUUAGAGAAAUUAACUAGUUAGUCACAAAUAUUUCCUGAAAUCAUUGCAACA